GCCUUCUUCCCGCGCAACCGCAGCCUGGAGGACCACCGCUUCGAGAACACGCCCGAGAUCGCCAUCCGCUCCCUGGAUGCGCGCGGCGACCUGGCCAAGCUCUUCACCUUCGACCUCAACCCCUCCGACGACAACAUCCUCAAGAUCAAGCAGGGCGCCAAGGAGCAGCACAAGCUGGGCUUCGUGCGCGCCUUCCUGCACCCACCGGACCCGCAGCCAGGCGCCCAGUCCUACGCGUACCUGGCGCUCAACAGCGAGGCGCGCGCGGGUGACAAGGAAAGCCAGGCGCAGAGCCUGCUGGCGCGCAUCUGCCUGCCCCGCGGCGCAGGCGGCGACGCCAAGAAGCUCACUGAGUCCUACAUCCAACUUGGCUUGCAGUGCGCGGGCGGCGCGGGCCGCGGCGACCUCUACAGCCGCCUGGUGUCCGUCUUCCCCGCGGGCGAACUGCUCUUUGCGGUCUUCGAGCGGCCGCAGGGGGCCCCAGCGUCACGCACGACCCCCGCCGCGCUCUGUGCCUUCCGCUUCGCCGACGUGCAAGCCGCAAUCCGCGCAGCGCGCACCGCCUGCUUCGUGGAGCCCGCACCCGACGUGGUGGCCGUGCUCGACAGCGUGGUGCAGGGCACCGGGCCGGCCUGCGAGCGCAAGCGCAACAUCCAGCUGCAGCCGGAGCAGCUGGACUGCGGGGCUGCCCACCUGCAACACCCGCUGUCCAUCGUGCAGCCCCUGAAGGCCACGCCCGUGUUCCGAGCCCCGGGCCUGUCGUCCGUGGCCGUGGCCAGCGUGGGCAGCUACACGGUAGUCUUCCUGGGCACAGUCAGCGGGCGGCUGCUGAAGAUCAACCUGAAUGAGAGCAUGCAGGUGGUGAGCAGGAGGGUGGUGACGGUGGCCUAUGGGGAGCCCGUGCACCACGUCAUGCAGUUUGACCCCGCAGACCCUGGGUACCUCUAUCUGAUGACGUCCUACCAGAUGGCCAGGGUGAAAGUCGCUGCGUGCGCCGUGCACACCACCUGUGGGGACUGCGUGGGUGCGGCCGACGCCUACUGUGGCUGGUGCGCCCUGGAAACCCGGUGCACCCUGCAGCAGGACUGCGCCAACUCCAGCCAGCCGCAUUUCUGGACCAGUGCCAGCGAGGGCCCCGGCCGCUGUCCCACCAUGACCAUCCUGCCGGCCGAGAUCGACGUGCACCAGGAGUACCCGGGUAUGAUCCUGCAGAUCUCAGGGAGCCUGCCCAGCCUCAGCGGCAUGGAGAUGGCCUGUGACUAUGGAAACAUCCGCACUGUGGCCCGGGUCCCAGGCCCUGCCUUUGGACACCAGAUCGCCUACUGCAACCUCCUUCCAAGGGACCAGUUCCCACCCUUCCCGCCCCACCAAGACCACGUGACCGUGGAGAUGUCGGUGCGAGUCAACGGGCAGAACAUCGUCAGGGCCAGUUUCGCCAUCUACGACUGCAGCCGCGUGGGACAAGUGUACCCACACACGGCCUGCACCAGCUGCCUGUCAGCACAAUGGCCCUGUUUCUGGUGCACCCAGCAGCACACCUGCGUCUCCAACCAGUCUCGGUGUGAGGCCUCACCAAAUCCCACGAGCCCUCAGGACUGCCCGCAGAUCGUGCCCUCAGCCCUGGCUCCCAUGCCCACGGGCAGCUCCCAGAGCCUCCCAGUGCAUCUGGCCAACGCCGCCUUCUUCCAGGGUGCAGCCCUUGAAUGCAGCUUCGGGCACGAGGAGCUCUUCGAGGCUGUGUGGGUGAAUGAGUCGGCCGUACGCUGCAACCAAGUGGUGCUACACACGACCCAGAAGAGCCAGAUGUUUCCACUCAGCCUCCAACUAAAGGGGCAGCCAGCCCGAUUCCUGGACAGCCCUGACCCCAUGAAAGUGGAGGUCUACAACUGUGCCAUGGGCAGCCCCGACUGUUCCCAGUGCCUGGGCCGGGAGGACCUGGGCCACCUGUGUGUGUGGAGUGACGGCUGCCGCCUGCGGGGGGCCCUGCCGCCCCUGCCUGGCACCUGCCCUGCCCCCGAGAUCCGAGCGAUCGAGCCCCUGAGUGGCCCCCUGGACGGCGGGACCCUGCUGACCAUCCGCGGCAGGAACCUGGGCCGGCGGCUUAGCGACGUGGCUCACGGCGUGUGGAUUGGCAGCGUGGCCUGUGAGCCACUGGCCGACAGAUACACGGUGUCAGAGGAGAUCGUGUGUGCAACAGGGCCAGCCCCAGGCGCGUUCUCGGACGUGGUGACAGUGAACGCCUCCAAGGAGGGCAGGUCGCGGGAGCGAUUCUCCUAUGUGCUCCCCCUUGUCCACUCCCUGGAGCCUGCUGUGGGCCCCAAGGCCGGCGGCACCAGGGUCACCAUCCAUGGGAACGACCUCCACGUGGGCUCCGAGCUGCAGGUCCUGGUGAAUGAUACGGAGCCCUGCACGGAGCUGGUGCGCACGGACACCAGCAUCACCUGCACAGUGCCUGGGGGCACCCUGCCGGCCCCCGUGCCCGUGUGUGUGCGCUUUGAGCGCCGGGGUUGCGUGCGUGGCAACCUCACCUUCUGGUACAUGCGGAACCCGGUCAUCACGGCCAUCAGUCCCCGCCGCAGCCCCGUCAGCGGUGGCAGGACCAUCACAGUGGCUGGCGAGCGUUUCCACAUGGUGCAGAACGUGUCCAUGGCCGUGCACCACAUCGGCCGGGAGCCCACGCUCUGCAAGGUCCUCAACUCCACCCUCAUCACCUGCCCAUCACCUGGGGCCAUGAACAACGCGUCAGCCCCCGUGAUCUUCUUCAUCAAUGGGCGGGCCUAUGCAGACGAGGUGGCGGUGGCUGAGGAGCUGCUGGACCCCGAGGAGGCCCAGCGGGGCAGCCGGUUCCGCCUGGACUACCUCCCAGACCCACAGUUCUCCACGGCCAAGAGGGAGAAGUGGAUCAAGCACCAUCCCGGGGAGCCCCUCACCCUGGUCAUCCACAAGGAGCAGGACAGCCUGGGCCUCGAGAGCCACGAGUACCGGGUCAGGAUAGGCCAGGUGGCCUGUGACAUCCAGAUCGUCUCCGAGAGAGUCAUCCACUGCUCGGUCAAUGAGUCCCUGGGCACAGCUGAGGGCCAGCUGCCCAUCACAAUCCAGGUGGGGAACUUCAACCAGACCAUUGCCACGCUGCAGCUGGGGGGCAGCGAGACCGCCAUCAUUGUGUCCAUCGUCAUCUGCAGUGUCCUACUGCUGCUGUCUGUGGUUGGUAAGGAGUGCCACCCCCCUGACAUCUUGCAAGGCAGACCUACCCGCCCUUGCCCCGGGCCCUCUGAAGAUCUGCUGCAGAUGGAGGAGAUGGAGUCUCAGAUCCGAGAGGAAAUCCGUAAAGGCUUCGCGGAGCUGCAGACGGACAUGACGGACCUGACGAAGGAGCUGAACCGCAGCCAGGGCAUCCCCUUCCUGGAGUACAAGCACUUUGUGACCCGCACCUUCUUCCCCAAGUGCUCCUCCCUCUAUGAAGAGCGCUACGUGCUGCCCUCCCAGACCCUCAACUCCCAGGGCAGCUCCCCGGUGCAGGAGACCCACCCACUGCUGGGAGAGUGGAAGAUCCCUGAGAGCUGCCGGCCCAACAUGGAAGAGGGCAUCAGCCUGUUCUCCUCCCUGCUCAACAACAAGCACUUCCUCAUCGUCUUCGUCCACGCGCUGGAGCAACAGAAGGACUUCGCAGUGCGAGACAGGUGCAACCUGGCUUCCCUGCUGACCAUCGCGCUCCACAGCAAGCUUGAGUACUACACAGGCAUAAUGAAGGAGCUGCUGGUGGACCUCAUUGACGCCUCGGCCGCCAAGAACCCCAAGCUCAUGCUGCGGCGCACGGAGUCCGUGGUCGAGAAGAUGCUCACCAACUGGAUGUCCAUCUGCAUGUACAGCUGCCUGCGGGAGACGGUCGGGGAGCCGUUCUUCCUGCUGCUGUGCGCCAUCAAGCAGCAGGUCAACAAGGGCUCCAUUGACGCCAUCACCGGCAAGGCCCGCUACACGCUCAGCGAGGAGUGGCUGCUGCGCGAGAACAUCGAGGCCAAGCCCCGCAACCUCAACGUGUCCUUCCAGGGCUGCGGCAUGGACUCGCUGAGUGUGCGGGCCAUGGACACGGACACGCUGACGCAGGUGAAGGAGAAGAUUCUGGAAGCCUUCUGCAAGAACGUGCCCUACUCCCAGUGGCCGCGCGCCGAGGACGUCGACCUGGAGUGGUUCGCCUCCAGCACGCAGAGCUACAUCCUGCGGGACCUGGACGACACUUCGGUGGUGGAGGAUGGCCGUAAGAAGCUCAACACGCUGGCCCACUACAAGAUCCCUGAAGGUGCCUCCCUGGCCAUGAGCCUCACAGACAAGAAGGACAACACGCUGGGCCGAGUGAAAGACUUGGACACAGAGAAGUAUUUCCAUUUGGUGCUGCCCACGGAUGAGCUGGCAGAGCCCAAGAAGUCCCACCGGCAGAGCCACCGCAAGAAGGUGCUCCCGGAGAUCUACCUGACCCGCCUGCUGUCCACCAAGGGCACGCUGCAGAAGUUUCUAGAUGACUUGUUCAAGGCCAUUCUGAGCAUCCGUGAAGACAAACCUCCACUGGCCGUCAAGUAUUUCUUUGACUUUCUGGAGGAGCAAGCCGAGAAGAGGGGGAUCUCAGACCCCGACACCCUACACAUCUGGAAGACCAACAGCCUUCCUCUCCGUUUCUGGGUGAACAUCCUGAAGAACCCGCAGUUCGUCUUCGACAUCGACAAGACAGACCAUAUUGACGCCUGCCUCUCGGUCAUCGCGCAGGCCUUCAUUGACGCCUGCUCCAUCUCCGACCUGCAGCUGGGCAAGGAUUCGCCAACCAACAAGCUCCUCUACGCCAAGGAGAUUCCCGAGUACCGGAAAAUCGUGCAGCGCUACUACAAACAGAUCCACGACAUGACCCCGCUCAGCGAGCAGGAGAUGAACGCGCACCUGGCGGAGGAGUCGCGGAAAUACCAGAAUGAGUUCAACACCAACGUGGCCAUGGCAGAGAUUUAUAAAUAUGCCAAGAGGUAUCGCCCACAGAUCAUGACCGCCCUGGAGGCGAACCCCACGGCCCGGAGGACGCAACUGCAGCACAAGUUCGAGCAGGUGGUGGCCCUGAUGGAGGACAACAUCUACGAGUGCUGCAGCGAGGCCUGAGCCCGCAGCAGUGGGCGGGGGCUGAGGAGCGCCACCCGCUGCUUCUCUCUGCUCCCAGUGCCUCUGACUCCGGCUGGGGAAUGACUGAGCAGAGGCAGCUAGGGUGGGGGACGAGGGGCCUCUCUGAGCCAGGCGGAGGAGCCCCGGGCCCUGGCCCCUCAG